GCCACCUCCGCGGAGGUCGCACGGCUGCUGGCCCUCGGCGCGUUAGUAGUGCCCGGGACAUACAGUCGAUCGCGCACACGAAGGGUGCGGAUCGUCCUGGGGGUUGGUUGUUGAUACGGAUUUGGUUGGUCGGCUAGUUUUGUUGGCUCGGUAGUCUCGUUCUCGCGUGCGGAUCGCUCGCGGCGGAUCGUUGUUGCGUCGCAUCGCGAUUCAAUAGUUGGCGAGAAGGUGCUCAGGCGGAGAUUAUGUCGGCCUGAGGCGGCAAACAUCUACCCGCUUCUAUCGCGGUUCCGACGACGCUUCGGGCGAUCUGGACCGCGCUCGCAUCCGUAAGCGGCAUCGUUCUCGAGAGCGUAACGUCAAUCCCGGACUACUAAAGUAAUGCGAGUCGCGUCGAAUGGAUCGAAGCGCUACGUGUUGGUGCGUGUGGUGUCGGAGCGAUAGAAUUGAAAUUAUCUGGACCGAUACGGAAGUUAUCUGACCAAAAGUACCCAGUGAAUCCCACUUAUGCACUAUGUGAUACGAGGAGGCUAGUUAUGAGAGGACGCUAGAUAAGGAGUUGGAUAUUUUUUGCGUGUUGCGGCGCGCGGCGGUGGAGAAAGGGGCAGGCGGUUUCCUGCGAGAGACCGAGAAACGGAGGCUCAAGGAUCGAACAAUAGUCGUCGAACUGGAAUUGAUUAAUUUCCUAUCCCGAGAGACGAGUCGUAACGCGCGCUAGGAGGACGUUGAGGGUUCCGCGCGAGUCGGCGACUCCAAGGGCGGUGCAUCGAACCAUCGUACUCUGGGACGCCGAUGAUUCCAUCAGGAUCAUUCACUGCCGACGAUUCGAGCUCGUCGAUCGUCACCGGGGCGUCGUGUAUACGCGCGUACCACCGCGCGAUAACGACGAUCAGUCGCCAGAUUGGCUGCUCAGCGUCAACGCGGGCAACGUAUGCACCUGAGAAUGGAAGUGAGAGUUUGUUCGGGACCGAUCAGCAGAAGCAGCAGCAGCAGCAGCAGCAGCAGCAGCAGCAGCAGCAGCAACAGCACGAUAGUAGUACCGAGUCGUUAUUCUGAAUUCGAGACGGCGGACGGGGAGCGAAAGCCGCUUGGAGGGUGCGGGACUGGAGGUGGCGGCAAGCCGUACCGGAAGCUGUGGGAGUGGGUGGACGGCGGCGAGGACGGGAUAAGAGUGGUGGCGUCGGUAGUGCGGAAAGGGGCGCAAGAGGGCGAGCGCAAAAAAUUGCCGACGGCGAGGACGGAGGGGCGAAGGAGGGCAGGCGCGAAGGCGGCGUCGGCAACGACGAUAAACGGAAAAGGAAAGCGGAAAUCGGAAGCGGAAGAGGAAAGGGGUCAUCCAUCGGCAGGAGGGCCCCACAGAUGCGGGGCCCGCAGGGGCCAGUCCGCGGCGGCGUGACGCGAUGCGGACGUCCUCCUCCUCUUUGCCGAGGAAGAGGAAGAGGAAAGACCUCUCGCCUCUCGACACCGUCCUACUCACCGGCGGCGACUGGCGAUCGUCAGUUAAACAUGUCCACCGAGCACAGCACAGUCCCUCGCGGCUCGAUAUUAUCGUAUCGUAUCGAACGCGGCACGAGAUUUUUUGCCGGGGACAAGAUGUUUCCUCGGAUGAAGCGUGUCGUGAGGUUUCUGGGAAGUUGGGAAAUCGCCAGACAAGCGGGAUUUCCGGUGGACGAUGCUGGGAACGGCGAAAGCGGAAGGGGGGUGGUGAAUACGACGAGGGGAGUGACGACGAAGGAGGAGAUAAACGGGAAAGGCGACGACGAAGUGCGAAGGUUAUCGCGAGUAAAGGGAUCCUCCGAAGAGUUCCCACGCUCGACGGCGGUAUCGUCAAGAGCGUCUUCCUGCUGGCGCUUCUCUGUGCUCAGUGCUGUCUGGCAGGUACCGAGGCGCUGGCCGGCACUCAAAAGUAUUGCAUCAGAACGGUCAAGACGCGAUACGGCAUACUGCGCGGCAUCGAGGCCAGAUCGUCGACGGCAGUUGAGACUUAUUACGGUGUGCCGUACGCGACGCCGCCGCUCGGUGCGUUGCGCUACAUGCCGCCGGUCACCCCGACACCCUGGCGCGGCAUCAAGCUCGCCGACACCAUGCCGCCGGCCUGCCCGCAGCGACCGCCGGCACCGGACGAGAGCCUACCGCGACAGAGGCAGGCCUACCUCAAGAGACUGGUGCCCGCAUUGGCCAAUCAGAGCGAAGACUGUCUGUAUCUGAACCUCUAUGUGCCCAAAGCUCCUCACGGUAGUAUCGCGGACUCGCUACCGGCUCUCCUCCUUAUUCAUGGCGAUUCCUAUUCGUGGGGCGCCGGAAAUUCAUUUGACGGAACCGCCCUGGCCGCACACGGACGCCUUAUUGUCGUCUCCAUCAAUUUUCGUCUCGGCGUACUUGGCUUCCUGAAAACCGGCUCGAAAGGGAGCGCGCAAGGCAAUUACGGAUUGAUGGAUCUGGUGGCGGGGCUCCAUUGGCUGCGCGAGAAUCUCGGGGCUUUCGGCGGCGAUCCUGAGCGACUGGCGUUGCUCGGCCACGGCACCGGGGCGGCUCUCGCCAAUUUUUUAGCUGUCUCCCCUAUGGCGAAAGAGCUGAUCGGGAGGGUGAUUCUGCUCGGUGGUUCGGCCCUCUCGCCAUGGGCGGUGCAGCGAGAUCCGCUCGCGGUGAAGCGCCGCGUCGCCGAGCAGAUCGAAUGUCCCGGCGACGUCGAGACCGACGAUAUCGCACCGUGCCUUCGUUUAAGGAGCCUGGAGGAGCUACUGGCGGUGCAGCUGGAUCCGCCAAGAUUUACUUCCGGAUUUGCGCCCUUCGUCGACGGGGCUGUUCUGCCACCGACAGUCAAUCAGAAUUUCCAACCCACUGCCUCUUCUUCGGGACUAAUGCCGAUUGUGCCCGGGCCCGGUGCUGAAUUCGCGGACUUCGGCGACCGUGAUUUACUCUUUGGUUUGACAUCCGAGGAAGCUUGGGUGAAUCUUACAAAGGAAGAUUUACAGAGCGGCUUGAACGAGACGAGGAGGGACCGUAUAUUGCGCACUUACGUCCGGAACACCUACCGGUACCAUUUGCAUGAAAUCUAUUCGACUCUUCGGAACGAGUACACCGACUGGGAGCGGGGCGAGCAGAGUCCCGUAGCUAUCUGCGAGGGUCUCUUAUCUCUCCUCGGAGACGGCCAAGUCGCUGCACCGCUCCUCAGACUGGCCUUACUGCAUUCGGCCUCGGAGGGACGCGGCUAUUUCCUACACUUUCAACCGGGCGACCAGCCGAGCCAGAGGGGCGAGGAGGUGCCGUAUCUCCUGGGUAUACCUCUUCUUCGCGGCGAAGUCACGUCCGCGCUGCCCGCCUUUGGCAACUACACUCCUGCCGACGAGAAUCUGUCGAAACUACUCGUACAUUACCUGGCUAACUUCGUGAGGCGCGGGGAUCCGAAUGGCGUGAGUCCCUUGUCUUCGGGACUGGAGAACGGACUGACGACGAGUCCGCCAUUCUGGGACUCGUACGAUUCCAUAAACCAGCUGUACUUGGAGGCCGCUCACAGCCCGGAGAUGCGUUCGCACUACAGGGGCCACAAGAUGUCUCUCUGGCUGAAUCUACUGCCGCAGCUGCACCGGCCGGGCUACGAGAUCAAUAUGCGACAUCAUCAUCUCGCGGAGAAUCCCGGUCUCUACGAGGGUCCGGUGCGCCCGCAGAGCACGGCUGUACCUCUUCCGCCUCCCCCGUUACCUAUGCCGUCUCCCACGGAACCCUCCUCGAUACUGACUGCGCUAUCGAGCACGGAAUGCACUCCGAACGCGACCGUCGCAACGACCAUCACGCCAACCACCUCGCGAACGUUGCAGAUCUCGAACUUGGGUCCAGGCCCCAACAACCUCCUGCGCAAACUUGCGUCCAGCCACUACCAGAGUUACACCACAGCCCUCACGGUCACUAUCGCGGUAGGCGUGUUCUUGCUGCUGCUCAACAUCCUGAUCUUUGCUGGGAUCUACCAUCAGCGCGAUCGAAACACAACUGGCGGCGGUCUGUCGGGCGCUUUCAGCAACAAGAAGAAAGAGGAGUUUCUCGAGGCCGGUUGCUCCGGCAUGGACACCUCGGGUUCGGGCAAGCAGCGACUGCCGUCUUCCAUGAGUCUGAUGGACUCGUCGUCGUCGAUGCUGCCGCCGCACAAGGCGAAGCUCGUGCAGGAACUCGAGCUGCAGCUGCAGGAAUUCCAGUGCUCGCCGCCGCCCGGCGGCGGUAAACGGAUCCUGGAACCACCAUCUUACAGCAAAAACCCGUGCAUUCAGCGGACCCGCACGCCAUCGCCCUGCGUAGAUGCUACCAUCGCCCAGAUGGACGACGUUAACAACAUCAGUGGCCUUCAUCACGACAGCGAGGACGAGAAUGAUGAGUUGCCGGAACCGCCACCUCCGCCCAAAGUCCCGGCGCCGAACGUCGGUCUCACGUGUCCGGGAAUUCUGCGCCAGCCCGGGACCCCCGGUAGCGCGAAGAAGCGCGUGCAGAUUCAAGAGAUCUCCGUAUGAUAGGGUGCAAGACUCCGCUCUCUUGAGAUCUUUGAUAUUGAAGAGUGCGAUGAGAGGACGACGCCGAUCGAGAUCAAGUAUAGGUGACGGGCGCCUUUGAACUCUGAUUAUUAUCGAGGAUACACUUCCCCGAGAGCGAGAGAGAGAGAAAGAGAGAGAGGCAUGAGAGGCACGCUUUUCUCAGUCACUGUCGAAACAAAUUUUCUCACACGAGAUUAUUUCCUUGCUUCCGUUUGAGAAUAAAUAGCACGUUCUUAUGCUUGCGUGCUCGUUAACUUAUGCGAGGAUAAAGGCGUGAUCAUCUUCGUAUUAAUAAAUUCUCUUCACGAAACCGUUCUUACACUUAAAACUUAUUACAGACCGCUGAACAUUACACAAACGUGUUCAAGCUCAUAAUCCUUGUUGUUCGAGUGAUCCUCGUCAAGAAUGGAUGCCGACGUGUGCAUAGCGUUUUCGCGAUUGAAGAAAGUGAAAUAUAAUUUUUACUCGCUCCAAGCGGAACUGUAUAGUGCCGCGUGUGCCCACGUACAAGUCAGCAGCGUUGAAAAUGUGCUUUAUUUCGAGGUGUUUCUUACCGAGCAUUUCGUUUCGUGAUCCACGUUGUGUAACACAAUUUAAACGCGCAAACGGGCACGUAAACACGUAAGAGAGCACACAGGAGGUUCGUAGUAGUCCCUUUGUAUCCGAGACGUGAAUCUUCGUCCGUCCAUUAGGGACGGCAACGUCUGGCGAUUGAAAUUCACGGAUCGGCCGAACCCAUAGUUCACUGACUUAUUAGCCGGGUCCGAUCCGGCGAACGUUGCGGCGCGGUGUCGCAAAAACUGGGGAUUGACGUAAUCUCAGGAAUAAAAGAAAUGAAAAAAAGACAUCACACGAUAGGCAUGCACGGUGCCCGUCUUAGUGCUCGGGCUAACUUAGGCCCGAAUCUUGCCACAACACUAAAUGGAAUUAAUUGAGGAAUUGGUAGUCUUGUGCUUCGACUUCUACUAGAUUCAUAAGACGACGAGAAUGACUAGCUAUUGAUAUAUAUGUUUGUGCGAGAGAACGUGCGUGAGACAUAAGCGAGAGGGAUAAAAGUGUGGAAAGAGAAGGGUAAAAAGAGAAGAGGGUGUAGGGAAAGGGGAACUCUCUGCGCGAGAUGUUGGCUUUCGUUAGCGUAAUUGGGCGUGUGUGCGUGUGUGCGUGCGUGCGUGCGUGCGUGCGUGCGUGCGUGCGUGCGUGCGUGCGUGCGUGCGUGCGUGCGUGCGUGCGUGCGUGCGUGCGUGUGUGUGUGUGUGUGUGUGUGUGUGUGUGUGUGUGUGUGUGUGUGUGUGCAAUCUUGUGCAAGGAAUUAGAAUAUGUUUGACACGAGAUAGGGUCAAAACGGUUUAAUGACGACGGGGAGUACUUAAGAGGAUACAGGUGACUCGCCGGUAUUUGUUUUAAAAAUUGUCGCUGUAAAAUUAUAUUUGCGGGAAGAAUUCGGUGCGCGAAGUUUUAGCGUUCCAUUGGAAGCGACUGCGUUGUACGAGAUAUCUUUACGAUGUAUACAUUUGUCAGGGAGCAUUGUGGCACGACUUUUCUCUGACUUUAAUAGUCACCUUGAAGGGAGGAGAAGGGAAAAGGAUGGUGGCAAAGUUGCGUUGUUUCAGAAAGUUAUAAAUUGGAUACAACUUUUUGAUGACUGUUGCAAAAGAAAAUUGUUUAGAUAAGAGUUCCUACUUUCGACCAAUUGGAAAUUGGUCCGUGCAUAAACGCUAUGAUUUAUAAUAUGUCAGCUUACUUCUGCAUUUGGUUAAAGCUAAUCCAUUCCACUUAUAAUGUAUUAACAUUUUCAUUUGUUUGAAGAUAUCUUUUCCUUUAAUCAAAAUUUAAAUUUAUUGCUUGUAUUUGGCUUGUAUUCUUGAUAGUAAUGAUAGAAUUUGUCGUUGAGAGUCACCUGUACGUUGUAAAUUUUCAGGCAAUAUUGAAAAUAUGGUAGUUGAAAGGCGAAAAGUAUUCGGGUCCAUCUUAAUUUUUUAUGUUUUUCUUCGGGGUGCUUAGACGUAUCGAAUUGGCUUCUAUAAUACGCGAUUAAUGUUCUGAACCAGAUUGGAUUUGUACAAUACUACAUACAAGAGCAAUUUAUAUUACACACACAAUGAAAA